AUGAGGGCCUUCGCUGUUGCGCGCCGAGCGCCGUCCCGCGCGGCGCUCUUCGCCGUCGGGCGGCACCAGCCGGGAGUUUCCGCCAACUGCCCUGCCGCCGCCACACCAUGGGACCGCCGCGUGCCCCCCGCGCUCUCGGCGGAUCGGAUUCUUCGCUGUGACGCGCAGUGUAGCGGUGCGGGGAUGGGGAUGUGGGAGGAGCGGAGUGGCAGCAGGGCGGGCGGAGGAGGGAGCGGCGACGGCGGCAUGCGGAGGGAGUGCAAGGGGGGCGCGCGCGGCAGCGCGUGGCGAGAGGCGGUCGCACGGUGGGCGCCGGCCGGCGCUGACGCGACGCAGAUUUCGCUUCAAGCCACACAGGCGGAGAGUGAGGGGACGACGAUGUGGCGGGCGGUGGGUGGCGGCGGUUGGCGCAGUGGCGCAGAGGCGAGGCGGGGAGGUGCAGCGGAGGGGCCGUGUGCGGUAGCGGGCGUGGGCGGGCGAAGGUAUGGCGUGUCGGCAGCUGGUGGCGGUGACGCCAUGGGGCCAGCGGGGGUGGCGAGGGACGGCGGCAUGAGGCGCGCAGGAGGGGCGCGGGGAGACGCGGCGCACGCGGACGAGCGCGGGGCGGAGGGGGAGGCGGAGUGGGGAGAGGCGUACUGGCGGAAACAGCUAGAACGGUCAGCGGCGGCAGAGAGGGGCGGCGGGAAGGGUGAGCGGAGGAGAAGGCGCAAGGCGAAGGAGGGGGAGGGGGAGGCGGUGGAGUGGUGGCCGGGGCAGCGGCAGCAGCAGCAGCAGCAGCAGCGCGGGGCAGGGGGAGUGGAAGAGGGCGGUGGGGCGGACGGAGAGUUGGUGGCGGCGGUGGGCAUGGAGGUGGCGCAUGAGAAGGCCAUGUACCUCCCCCCCUCCGUGCGCCCUGCCCCUCCUGCCCCUCCUGCUCCCGUGCUCAUCAUGCUAGCCCGUGCUCUCGCCUCUCACCAUGCGCCCUACCUCCCUCCCACCUGCCUCGCCCUCCCAUCCCCCCAGCCCAUCCUGGCAGGGCCGCCCCCUCCCUGGCGGGUGGAGGAGCGCGAGGGCGUGGCGGACCUGUGGCUGACACGCGCCUUCCACGGCGAGCAGCUGCGCCUCAUGCUGUUGCUGCAGGGCCAUGAGGGGGGACUCGUGGACCAGGGGGAGGAGGGGGAGGAGGGGGGUGGGGAGGGGGGUGAUGGCAGGGCUGGUGAGGCACAUGGCAGUGGCGUUGGGGGCGGUGAGAGCGAUGCGGGCAUCCCGGCGCUCAUCCUCGUGUCCAAGCCGGUGCGCUCUGUGCAGGCGGGCGGCAUGGUAGCUAGGAGCAUGGCGAUGGGCAUGGCGGGCAUGGGUGGCAGGGAGGGCCCGGUGAGGGGCAGGCCUGUGAGGCGCAUGAGGGGCGAGGGGCGAGGGCACGCUGCAGCAGCAGCAGCAGCAGCAGCAGCAGCAUGUGCUGCAGGCACGGCAGCAGGGGGUGGUGAGGGGGAGGCGCGGCUGCGAGUGCACUGCACCAUUGCAGGCGACCAGUGGCUCGUGAACCAUGUGGCGGUGGACGAGGCAGCAGUGCACGAGGACUCGUUCAGAGUGCCCUUCGACUACACCCUCUAUGACGCCGUGCCGCCCGCCAUGCAGGCGGAGGUGGAGGCGUAUCUGCAGCGGCGGGGCGUGGGGGCACAGCUGGCGCGGUACGGGCGCCACCUGCUGCUGCACCGCGAGGUCACCCAGGCCACCGCCUGGCUCUCCUCCCUCCACUCAUUCCUCUCCACGCCCGCUGCGACCAGCAGGAGAGUUGGGCAUGUGAAGAGAGGAGGGUGGAGGGGGAAAGCAGGUGGUGUGAGAGGGGGUGCGCGCAGUGGAAGGGUGUCCAAUGCCGCCCGGUGGAGCUGA